AAUCAGCUGAGUUGAUAUGCAGCGCUCAACCAACAAGCACAAUAAAAGCAAGAAUAUCACACAUAGCAAGUCCCCUCGAACGAACUAACAAUUUCUCUUGGCCCUACUACAAGCGAUGUCGCGAUGCCCAGCUCCUCAACAUGACCGAACAGCACGCCUGAGAUGUGGAGUCGCGGUAACCCCAGCUGGAGUUUCUCCCCAUGGGCACGUAUCGCCAACAUUGGAAACCAUCACGCUAUCGAUGCGACUCAGCGAGGCUCAAAGUGGAGCACUGGAGCAGUCACCCGAAACAGCAUGGUCUGAAAACCUCUCAAACGACGAUUCGACGUUGCAUCUUGCGUAUCAUCCGCCAAGGAUCUCAGUCUGCGUGAAAGUGGGCUUGCAGCACAGCAAGCUUGAAACAACGAUGCUUGGUAGUCCGACAAUCUUUCCGCACAACAUCGCACUCAGACUCAGGGCCAAAAUGAGUACCAAGGCCGACAUCGAUCAGGCCUGGAAUUGCUUCAUUGGACAGCCAAGCAUACUCCAAGGUCUUGAGAUGUCGAUAUCAGCGCUCAGACCAGCACUACCGGCAAUUUUGACGCUAGUAUGAGGCUCUGGCGGCACCGCGGCGCCUCUGAACAUCAUCGACCAAGCAAAUGAGCGAUUCCUUGCCAGACCUGCCAAGUGCAUA